AUGUCUUCAAUUCUCGCUUGGACAAAGGCUGCUUGCCUUCUUCUUCUUGCAUCUGAAGCUUUUGCUAGCCCAAUUGAGCUUGAGAAGAGAGCGGUAUGCACAGCUUACACUUUGAUUGAGACCCGUGGUACUGGCGAACCUCAGGGACCAUCGAACAGCUUCAAGACGAUGGAUGCAGCAAUCAUUGCCCAACUCGCUGGCGGUACCGAGUACAACACUGUUUACCCUGCAAGCAUUGACCAAAACUCGGCCAAGGGUACUGCUGAUAUCAUCAACCAAAUCACCACUGGUUUGAAGUCCAACCCCAACAGAUGUUUCAUCCUCGAAGGAUACUCUCAAGGCGCUGCUGCAACUGUCGAUGCCAUGUCAAAGAUCACCGGCGCCAAUUUUGAUGCAGUCAAGGGUGUCUUCCUCAUCGGCAACCCUCACCACAAGUCGGGCCUUGCAUGCAAUGUCGACUCCAACGGCGGCACGACUACUAAGAAUGUCAAUGGACUUACUGUCCUUGUUGGCAGCAUCCCUGCAAACUGGGUUGGCAAGACUUUGGACGUCUGCGCAUAUGGUGAUGGCGUUUGCGACACUGCUCAUGGCUUUGGAAUUACUGCUCAACAUUUGUCUUACAAGUCUGAUGCCAACGUUCAGAACCAGGGCAUCAAGUUUGUUCUUGGAAAGCUUCGCGGUACUUAG